AUGACGUCUACUCGCAAGGUGGUCAUCACCAAAUUUGGAGAUGUUGACGUCCUCAAAAUCAUCUAUACUACUUGCCCGCCUCCGCCUUCGCAGUAUUUGCAGAUCAAGACGGAGUACUCGGGCUUCACUGGUGGCGACAUCAGCAUGCGCAAAGGGAUUUACCCCGACCAAAUCGGAGCACCACUUACACCGGGUUACUGCCUAGUAGGGACCGUCAGUAAGUUCGGGGAUGUGUGUUCUGAGCUGCAGGUUGGCGAUAGCGUAGCCGUCCUCACCAAGUAUGACGCUCAAGCUGAAUUCGUCAACCAGCCGGAAACGUAUUGUGUCAAGAUUCCACAAGGACUCGAUCACCAGCAGGUCACAGCCCUAGUCUGCGAUUGGAGCACGGCAUAUGCCAUGGUUACGGAAACGGCCCGUGUCACCGCCGGACAGCGCGUUUUCAUUCAUGGAAUGAGUGGCGGCGUCGGUACAGGGCUGAUGAUCCUUCGUAAGUUGCAGGGGGCUGAAGUAUACGGAACAACGAGCGAGCGCAAUCAUGAGAGUAUACGCGCCGUUGGUGCCCAUCCCUUUGUCUAUACGGACAAGAAAUGGAUGGAGGCCAUGACGAGCCUUGGUGGCGCCGACGCUGUCUUUGAAGCUCUUGGCUUUGAGAGCUUCGACGAAAGUUACAGCAUAUUAACCGAAACAGGCAUCCUUGUCGCCUUUGGCACCAAUGGUGAUUCUUUGGCAGGCGGCACUCUCCGAGACCCAGGUGAGGCUGUCGCGAAGCUCUUCGCUCGCAACGGACAGUCUGCUAGAAGGACAACCUUUUACGGACUGUCGCGAGAAGAUGCUUCUUAUAUUGGUAACUUGAAGGCUCUGAUGUACAUGAUCCUCCAUGGCAUAUUUAAGGUACCCAUUCGAAAGGUCUGGGAGCUGGAUCAGAUUUGGGAUGCCCAUAGAGCUUGGGGUAGUGGAACUGGCAUCGGCUCCGUCGUGGUCAGAAUUUCAAAAGUAUAA